UAUUAUCAAAAUCGGGGAAGUACCUUUUACUGCUAAUUCUAUAACAUCACUGCAUAACACGGACUGCUUCAGUAACAUGGUUGGACUAGGUAAAGUCAGUCGGCCGGAUAAAAAUAUACCAACGUGUAAAAUAUAAAAAUGAAGGUGUACACAAUAACUGGGAACAGAAUGAAAUUGGUGAUCACGGAAAACAAAAACAAAUUAGAGAUAGUUGGUAAAAACAACAGAGUAAAGAUGAUAAGGAACCAAGGUGAUAUACUUUUGGUUGGACUCAAUUGUGACGUGCACGUGGAACAAAAUUAUGGUAAAAUUGAAGUCAUCGGCACAUGUGAUUCAGUGAAAAUCGAUUGUCAUCAUAACGUGAAAAUAGACAACGAGCAUCUCGUUAUAGGUCCAAGUGUAAACGUUCGCGAGAAAGUGUAAAUUAGCCAAAAUAGAUAUUCAGACAGAUACAUGUUUAUUUUUAUUUUUUUGCAGAGUAUUUAUUUUUAAAUUUAAUUUAUACUCUUGUUGUUUAGUAAAUUAUGUAGUAAUUAAGAUUAAUAUUUAACGAAUUGAUGUUAAAUAAAUUUGAUUAAACUGAAAAGCCUGAUGGAUUUAUUUGCUGGUGUGAAAUUAUUCAAAAACCUGUCAGACGUCAAGAAACAAGGUGAGUAAAGAACAAACGUC